AAGCAAAAACGUCGCCAUAGUAUGAUUCGUAAUUUCGUACACAAGACUAAGCACGCUAGCUGCUCCUCUAAAGGAGCGUUUUCCUUAACCGUAUUUAAUGCUUGUAUCGCAAGUUACUCGUUUAGGUCAUGGCUUUAUUUGUUUUUAAUUCGGCAUCAAAGAUGGUUUCGUCUCCGUUUGUAAUAUUACAUUGUAUUCUCAUCUGCGUCACUUUGCAUUGUAACAAUCUGGCCGAGGCUAAAAUGAAUCCCAGGCCGAAUAUAGUUUUAAUCCUAACUGAUGAUCUAGAUGUGUCUAUCGGAGGAAUGAUCCCUUUGGUGAAGACGAAGAAGCUGAUAGGUGACGCUGGGAUAACCUUUACAAACACGUUUGUCGCCAGUCCCCUUUGCUGUCCCAGCCGGGCGAGCAUCCUGACGGGCAAAUAUCCUCAUAACCAUCAUGUGGUCAACAACACGCUGGAGGGCAACUGCAGCAGCACUGCGUGGCAGAAGACCCAAGAGCCCGAGACUUUCCCCGCCUUCCUUCAGAAACACGGCAUCUAUCAGACCUUCUUUGCUGGGAAGUAUCUGAAUGAGUACGGGAAUAAAAAAGCAGGAGGUGUGGAGCACGUUCCUCCAGGCUGGGAUCACUGGUUCGCCUUGGAGAGAAACUCCAAAUACUACAACUACACGCUGUCAGUGAACGGCAGGGCGCAGCGGCAUGGACAGAACUACAGCGAGGAUUACCUUACAGAUGUUCUGGCCAAUAUUUCCAUUGACUUCCUGGAAAACAAGUCUAACCGCAGGCCUUUCUUCAUGAUGGUGUCCACACCGGCCCCGCACUCGCCCUGGACAGCCGCUCCUCAGUACGAGAGCAAUUUUCCCAACAUUAAAGCGCCAAGAGACCCUAACUUUAACGUACACGGCAAGGACAAGCACUGGCUCAUCAGACAAGCAAAGACGCCCAUGACAAACUCUUCAGUGGAGUUCUUGGAUAACGCCUACAGAAAACGGUGGCGCACUUUACUAUCAGUAGACGACCUGGUGGAGAAGGUGGUGAGAAAGCUGGAGGUCAGAGGAGAGCUUAGCAACACCUAUGUCAUUUUCACCUCUGACAACGGAUACCACACAGGCCAGUUUUCUCUUCCGAUGGAUAAGAGGCAACUCUAUGAAUUUGAUAUCAGAGUUCCUCUGUUGGUGCGAGGGCCUAAUAUCAAACCCAACCAGACAAGCCCGUUACUUAUAGCAAAUAUGGAUUUGGGUCCAACAAUUCUGGACAUCGCAGGAUACAGCGUCAAUGAAACUCAGAUGGACGGGAUGUCAUUUCUUCCUACCAUGACCGGUAAAGGGAACAGCAGCACGUGGAGAUCUGAUGUACUGGUGGAAUAUGAGGGAGAAGGAAGCAACAUCUCAGACCCAGCCUGCCCUCUGCUGGGGCCCGGGGUCUCGGAGUGCUUCCCCGACUGUGUGUGUGAAGACUCGUACAAUAACACGUACGCCUGCGUUCGCACUGUAGCACAGGCUGCCAACUUACAGUACUGUGAAUUUGAUGAUAACGAGGUGUUUGUGGAGGUCUAUAACCUGACAGCAGACCCGUUUCAGCUGAGUAACAUCGCCAAGAGCAUCGAUCAGGAAGUCCUGGAGAAGAUGAACCACCGGCUAAUGAUGCUGCAGUCCUGCUCGGGACAGUCCUGCAGAACACCAGGCGUCUACGACUCACAGUUCAGGUUUGAUCCUCGGCUGAUGUUCAGCAGCCUCGUGUCUCACAGAAACAAACGACGACAGACGCUGAAGUAGAGCGUGGAGAGGUUUACAGGAACAAGACAAAUGGAGGGAAAGAAUAAAGGGCACUGAAAAAGAAGCCCUCUUGUUGCCUUUAUAUCCUGACGUUCCCCCAAAGACGCCCAGUCUCUCCUCCUCUGAUGAGGUCAUCAGGGUGCGCCAGGGUACCAAACACACCACAGACACUUUCAGACAGGACGACCUUCAUCCCCUCCAGCUCUCAUUCACAUCAGAUCCUCACAAACUGCCAGCUGACACACAUCUGUGAGAGCAUUCACAUCAUAUUCCUCUUUAUUCUCAAUUAAUGUUCAGUUUUGCUGCUUUAAUAAUAACACAGGAUAUUGUCUUUAUUUUAAUGUUUUGAAAAUGUUGUUUUACUUUUGCUUUAAACACAUGCACAGUUUUGACCUUGAGCUCCAAUUUUGUAAUGCAUUUGAAAAUUGUUGGAUUAUUUGUGUUUGCCAGAUGUGUCUGAAACAUUUCACUCCACGUAUUCGGUUAUAAAAGUAUUUACAACUGCACUAAGCCUGCCUUUUAUGAUAAACACUUAGAAUGAAAGCUUGUUUUUGGCUACAGGAUAAAAAAUAAAAAAAGGUCAUUGCAACUUUUUA